CGGGUCCGGACCGCAAGGCCGAGACCGUCGCAACCGUGACCUCCAAAUCCGAGACACGGCCGACCGCGCGGCUGGGGGCCCUCGUCCGGCCGCCGCCAUUCCCCGCUGCUCGGCCAGGGAGGGGCAGAAACGCGAACCUCCCGGGCCCCGAGGGAAGCGCCGCAGCUCCGAAGGGGGCUUGCCGGGGGAGAGUGGUGGAGGGAAGAGGCGUAUCCGGGUGAGGCACGGCGCCCCCGCCUCCCCCGCGCAGCCGCACGGGCCGCCGCUGCGGAGCACGCGGCGUGCGGGGAGGGCCGUGCCGGAGCUGCUUGCGCGGGCGGCCCUGCGGCUUUAGUCAGCGGCGUUGAUGCAGCCCCGACAGAGGGGCAGCGGCAGUAUGCGGGGCGGCCCUGAAUAGCGCGCCGAACUCGCGGAGGCGGGCGCGGGCGCGGUGGCGGUGGAGGCGGGGCCGGAGCCGGGCCCGCCCGCUCGCCGGGGGAGCAGCCGGCAGUGGCCGAGGAGGCGGCGCGGCGGACGGCGGCCCCAGAAUAGCGCCCGCGCUGCGGCCCGCGGGACCGCGCCGCGACCGCCCGGGCCGGCCCGAGGAGCGCUCGCCGCCGCCGCCCGCGCGCUGACUGAGGUUAUGAACAUAUUUUCUGAUGAAACUGGAUUGGAAUAAUUUUCAUGAUAUUUGUAUAUUUGUAUAUGUAUAUAUAUAUAUAUUUUAAAAUUUUGCGUUUGACUUAAAGUGCCAUGAGAAAAUUUGCAUACUGCAAGGUGGUCCUAGCCACCUCCUUGAUUUGGGUACUCUUGGAUAUGUUCCUGCUGCUUUACUUCAGUGAAUGCAACAAAUGUGAUGAAAAAAAGGAGCGAGGACUUCCUGCUGGGGAUGUUCUAGAGCCAGUACAAAAGCCUCAUGAAGGUCCUGGAGAAAUGGGGAAACCAGUUGUCAUUCCUAAAGAGGAUCAAGAAAAGAUGAAAGAGAUGUUUAAAAUCAAUCAGUUCAAUUUAAUGGCAAGUGAGAUGAUUGCACUCAACAGAUCUUUACCAGAUGUUAGGUUAGAAGGGUGUAAAACAAAGGUGUAUCCGGAUAAUCUUCCUACAACAAGUGUGGUGAUUGUCUUCCACAAUGAGGCUUGGAGCACACUUCUGCGAACUGUCCAUAGUGUCAUUAAUCGCUCACCAAGACACAUGCUAGAAGAAAUUGUUCUGGUAGAUGAUGCCAGUGAAAGAGACUUUCUGAAAAGACCUCUAGAGAGUUAUGUGAGGAAACUAAAAGUACCAGUUCAUGUAAUUCGAAUGGAACAGCGUUCUGGAUUGAUCAGAGCUAGACUAAAAGGAGCAGCUGUAUCUAAAGGUCAAGUGAUCACCUUCUUAGAUGCUCAUUGUGAGUGUACAGUGGGCUGGCUGGAGCCUCUCUUAGCCAGGAUCAAACAUGACAGGAAAACAGUGGUAUGUCCCAUCAUUGAUGUGAUUAGUGAUGAUACUUUUGAGUACAUGGCAGGCUCUGAUAUGACCUAUGGUGGAUUCAACUGGAAGCUUAAUUUUCGCUGGUAUCCUGUUCCCCAAAGAGAAAUGGACCGACGGAAAGGUGAUCGAACUCUUCCUGUCAGAACACCAACAAUGGCAGGAGGCCUUUUUUCAAUAGACAGAGAUUACUUUCAGGAAAUCGGAACAUAUGAUGCUGGAAUGGAUAUUUGGGGAGGAGAAAACCUAGAAAUUUCCUUUAGGAUUUGGCAGUGUGGAGGUACAUUGGAAAUUGUUACAUGCUCACAUGUUGGACAUGUAUUUCGUAAAGCCACACCUUACACAUUUCCAGGAGGCACAGGGCAGAUUAUCAAUAAAAAUAACAGACGACUUGCAGAAGUUUGGAUGGAUGAAUUCAAGAAUUUCUUCUAUAUAAUUUCCCCAGGUGUUACAAAGGUAGAUUAUGGAGAUAUAUCAUCAAGACUUGGUCUAAGACACAAGUUACAGUGCAAACCUUUCUCUUGGUACCUGGAGAACAUUUAUCCUGAUUCUCAAAUUCCACGUCACUAUUUCUCUUUGGGAGAGAUACGUAAUAUGGAGACAAAUCAGUGUCUGGAUAACAUGGCUAGAAAAGAGAAUGAAAAAGUUGGAAUAUUUAACUGUCAUGGUAUGGGAGGUAAUCAGGUUUUUUCUUACACUGCCAACAAAGAAAUUAGAACAGAUGACCUUUGCUUGGAUGUUUCUAAACUUAAUGGCCCAGUCACAAUGCUCAAAUGCCACCACCUUAAAGGCAACCAACUGUGGGAGUAUGACCCAGUGAAAUUAACCCUGCAGCAUGUGAACAGUAAUCAGUGCCUGGAUAAAGCCACGGAAGAGGAUAGCCAGGUGCCCAGCAUUAGAGACUGCAACGGAAGCCGGUCCCAGCAGUGGCUUCUUAGAAACGUCACCCUUCCAGAAAUAUUCUGAGACCAGAUUUACAAAAAAAAGGAAAAAAUAAGAAUUGACUGGGCUACCUCAGCACACAUUUUCUGCCACAUUCUUAAGUAGCAAAAAAGGAAACGUGCUUUCCUGCUCUGCAGGAUGUAAGGUUUAUCAGCCAUUAAAACUUAGACUCCUCUAGCUUUUCAGUAGCUGUGAACCAGCCUUCCUGUCCGAGGAUGUGAAACUACAUACCAGUGAGACUGUGCACACUGAUGUUUACAAGAUGGAAAGUGUCUUUCUUCAAGAAUUGUAAAGAAUAUUCAAAUAAUGAAACAAUCAACAAAAUGUGCUUUCUGGAGAGCUGCACUUUUUAUGGUUUGCUCACACAUCAGUUAUUUCUGAAUGUGCUAUAAUGAUGAAGAGAUUUCCAAGAUUUUUUUUUUCCUGAUUUGAACUGGUUAGUAUGUUAAUAUUGAUAUAAAAAUAAAUGAAAAAGAACUGGAACCAGAUUCAAAAUCAUGAAAACAACAUUUUUACAAUUUAAAAAACUAUAUUAAACAGGGUUUAAAGAAAAUUAAAUCAGAACUGAAAAGUACAAUUUGUUAUAGUAUAGUAUCAAAUUUCUAUAUAGAUUUUAUACCUCAGUGGGGAAAAAUUGAUUCCAAUGACAGUCAUGUCAUUGAUAGUCAUGGAUGCUUUUUUUUUUCCUUGGGGUGCUGAAAUUGAGCUGGAAAAAAAAAAAGGCUCUGAGCAUAGUUUUAAUUUCUUCAGUUUUUAAAAAAUUUUAUUUGGUUUGUGGGCUGUUAGAAUUCUAAUUUUUUAUGGCUUUCUAAAAAAUGGAGGUCUAACAAUGUCUGGUCUCAACUGAACAAGUUUGAUAUCUUAGUUGCUCUUGGGUCAACUGGCUUGUAGACUUUCACACUCAAAAAAAUUUUAUUUUUAAUUUCUUAACUUGAUUCAAGUCAUUAUGCUUAAUACCCAAGAUUCAUACUACUGUACUACAGAUUUGUUUUCACAGCAAUAAAUUUUCAAUUCUUUGUUUAUGAUUCCACUCAACAGAAGGCCUACAGAAGAGAUUUAUUAUUUGGCUAUUUUGAGACAAUUUAUUUGAUGGUUUUUUGGACAACCUUUUACACUCCAUACUCAGAUGUACUUCAUUGUCAAGUGCAUAUUUAGGUUAGAUUCUUGAAUUGUAACGUUGAUCUGCUUUUUUUUUUUUAAUAGAAUUUGAAAAUGUUUAAUUGGCAUUUCUUAAUGAGUUAGCCAAAGAAGUGCAGCUAUUACUCCAUUAUUGCUAGUCCUGCAUUUCUUCCCUAAAUUCCACUUAGGUUAAAUCAGUUUUCUUUUUUUUUUCUGAUCUUUAAUGCCACAAAAUAACAUCAGUAUCAAUUAAAAGUUAAUCUUUUAAUCUUAUAAAAAGAAAACCUUAGUUUGACAUUUUUUCUUGAUGUGUAAAGCAGUCCAUCAGCAAAAGUGCAUAUAUUUUCCUUCCUAUUUGUAAGAUUGUAUUUAAUGGUAUUCUUUUCUCUGAUUAUCAGAGACUCUCACUGCAGGCAGUGCUAUUUCUUGUGCCUAAGAAUGGUUCUGAAAGUUGACUCACUAAUGAUAACCUGCCAAGUUAAGUGUACACAAGGUUUCUCGUACCCUGUUCAAUAAUUGACAUCAAGGACAUGUAGAUGAUUUAAAGAGAGGAUAUAAAUACAGAAUGCAUCAAGUCUGUCCCCAAGAUAUUUGAAAUGAAGCAGGUGCUAGAUGGAAAAUUCUUUCCUAUUCCAUGAGCUGUGUUAGUUCUAUAUUCACCAGGCCUAAUGCUUCAGUAAACCCAAUGUCUAAUCAAUAAAUUAUUUUCAUGCUCA